AUGAACGACGCGAGUAUGCAAACAAUACUUAAUAAAAUUGAAGAGGGAAACGAAGAACUUGAAAAUUGCAUUAGAGCCAGUGAAAUUCGACUACAACUACAAAUUGAAAGUCUAAACAAUAAAAUCAAAACUUUGGAAAACGAAAACAAAAAUCUAAAAAAUAAAGUUAAAAUAUUUGAAAGAGAUAAUAAAUUAAAUAAUAUUAUAAUCUUUGGGCUUAAUAAAACUCCAGCCGAAGUAAAUCCAAACCUAAUCACUGGUGAAAUUAUAAGAUUAUUACAAGUAGACAUAAUAGAACCCGAUAAUAAUUACAUUUACUGCCUUGGAAAGCAAAAAAUUGUCCAGUAA